UUUCCUAAGUUCAAAAAAACCGCCAUAAAUGGCAUGUAUUUUUGCCUCUUCGAUUCUUCUCAAAUCUCACUAAUUCAGCGUUUUCCGGCCAUGGAUUUUCUCCCCAAUCUUCAAGGCCUCGAGACUAGAGUAGAGCAUAUUUGACAAUGUGGAAGCUGAAGAUUGCGGAUGGAGGGAAUCCAUGGCUGCGCACUCUCAACAACCACGCGGGUAGGCAAUUCUGGGAGUUCGACCCAAAGCUCGGAACCCCUGAGGAGCUGGCUGAGAUUGAAAACGCUCAGCAAGCCUUCGCAGCCACUCGCUUUGAGAAGAAGCACAGCUCCGAUUUGCUCAUGCGUAUUCAGGUUGAUAGUCUCUGGAUCACAAAACUUUCAAAGGAGAACCCAUGUGAUACAGUGUUGCCCCAAGUCAAAGUGAAAGAUAUAGAAGAUGUUUCUGAAGAGAUGGUAACUAACUCCUUGAAGAGGGCUUUAAAUUUCUACUCAACAAUCCAAGCCCAUGAUGGCCAUUGGCCUGGGGACUAUGGAGGUCCUAUGUUUCUUUUGCCUGGCUUGAUAAUUACUUUGUCUAUUACUGGGGCACUAAAUGCAGUCUUAUCAGCAGAGCACAAAAAAGAGAUGUGUCGUUACCUUUACAAUCACCAGAACAAAGAUGGUGGUUGGGGUUUGCACAUUGAAGGGGCAAGCACUAUGUUUGGUUCCGUUUUGAGCUAUGUUACUUUGAGAUUACUUGGUGAAGAAGCGAAUGGUGGACAAGGGGCAAUGGAGAGAGGACGCAAAUGGAUUCUGGACCAUGGUGGUGCUACUGCAGUUACUUCCUGGGGGAAAAUGUGGUUGACAGUACUUGGUGUGUUUGAAUGGUCUGGCAAUAAUCCCCUGCCUCCAGAAGUAUGGCUUCUUCCGUACAUCCUUCCAAUUCAUCCAGGAAGAAUAUGGUGUCAUUGUCGUAUGGUGUACUUACCGAUGUGUUACUUAUAUGGGAAGAAGUUUGUUGGUUCAAUAACACCAAUGGUGUUGUCUUUGCGGAAGGAGCUUUUUACUGUUCCUUACAAUGAAAUAGAUUGGAAUAAGGCGCGAAAUCUCUGUGAAAAGGAAGAUUUGUAUUACCCACACCCCGCUGUUCAAGAUAUCCUUUGGGCAUUUCUUCAUAAGGCUGUUGAACCAAUUUUAACGCGUUGGCCAGGAAAAAAGUUGAGAGAAAAGUCUCUCUGCACAGUGAUGGAGCAUAUACACUAUGAAGAUGAAAAUACUCGUUAUAUUUGCAUUGGGCCCGUGAAUAAGGUUUUAAAUAUGCUUUGCUGUUGGGUUGAAGAUCCGAAUUCAGAGGCUUUCAAGUUGCACCUUCCAAGAAUCUAUGAUUUUCUAUGGAUUGCUGAAGAUGGCAUGAAAAUGAAGGGGUAUAAUGGAAGUCAGUUAUGGGACACUGCUUUUGCCAUUCAGGCAAUUAUUUCAACCAACCUUAUCAAAGAAUACAGCACAACUCUAAGAAAGGCGCAUGAGUUCGUUAAAAACUCACAGGUUUUAGAAGAUUGCCCAGGUGAUCUUGGCUUUUGGUAUCGUCACAUUUCAAAGGGCGCUUGGCCUUUCUCUACUGCUGAUCAUGGGUGGCCCAUCUCAGAUUGUACAGCAGAAGGAUUAAAAGCUACUCUCCUAUUAUCAAAAAUUCCAUCAGAUAUUGUUGGUGAACCAUUAGAGGCAAAUUGGCUGUAUGAUGCUGUCAAUGUUUUGCUCUCACUACAGAAUGGAGAUGGUGGCUUUGCAUCAUAUGAACUCACAAGAUCCUACCGUUGGUUGGAGUUGAUCAACCCUGCCGAAACCUUUGGUGACAUUGUCAUUGAUUAUCCUUAUGUUGAAUGCACCUCAGCUGCUAUACAAGCUUUGACAGUAUUUAGAAAUUUGUACCCUGAGCAUCGACAAGAGGAAAUAGAACGUUGUAUCAAGAAAGCCAUAAUAUUCAUUGAAAAGGAACAAGCAUCAGACGGUUCAUGGUAUGGUUCUUGGGGUGUCUGUUUCACUUAUGCUACAUGGUUUGGGGUUAAAGGGCUAGUGGCUGCUGGAAAGAACUACAAUAAUGACUCUAGCAUCCGUAAAGCUUGCAAUUUUUUGCUAUCGAAACAACUUGCAUCUGGCGGCUGGGGAGAGAGCUACCUUUCAUGCCAAAACAAGGUUUACUCUAAUCUUGAGGGAAAUAGGUCACAUGUGGUCAACACUGGAUGGGCUUUGAUGGCACUUAUUGAUGCUCAACAGGCAGAGAGAGACCAAACGCCCUUGCAUCGUGCAGCUAGGUGUCUCAUAAAUUCUCAAAUGGAGAAUGGAGAUUUUCCUCAGCAGGAAAUCAUGGGUGCAUUUAAUAAGAAUUGUAUGAUAAGUAAUGCUGCAUACAGAAACAUAUUCCCUAUUUGGGCAUUGGGAGAGUACCGUCAUCGGGUGUUGAAGCAGGGACAACACCAGUAGGUGCUGCAAUAGGGCUUGGAGCUGCUGCAUCUGAAUGUAUAAUUCAUUUGCUUAGGUGUUAUUUGUUCAAAGGUCCAAAUCAAAAAAUUUGAACCAAAAUUCUGAUUUUUGUGAGAAAAAACACUAUAGCAAAUACCAAUUCUUUAGAAGUCUAAAGGGUUUAAUGUUUUAUGGUAGAAGUGAAGAAUAACUCAAAACAAUAUUGCAUUUUGUUUUCUUCAUUAAAGAUAUAUAUAUAUAUAUAUAUAGAGAGAGAGAGAGAGAGAGAGAGAGAGAGAAAAACUAUAGAAGUUUCAUUUUGAGGACGGGUUUGGGAAUAAUUUCUUUUUGGCAUUGAUCAUA